UUAUGUCCUCCAACAUGCCAUCACGCAUUAUCCAAGUACCUAAAUAAGCAUUAAGAUAACGAAAUAAGCAUAUUAAGCAUUUAUCAUUGAUAUCAUAUUACAAUAACAACCUAAACUGCUGAUGCUGAGUCGGGAUAAUUGAAAUCAACAUCCUGCAGUUCCCGGUAGACGCCUCACGCCACCGGACCGAUAAUCAGCCCUAUAUAAGGAGCCCGUGAUGAUGGUAUUCAUACAUUAGAUUCUAGGCUUCCAACUUCGAAGCACAUUAGAUUUUAGGCUUCCCACUUCGAAGCACCUUAGGUUAGUUAGGCUAGUACCGUUCAAUCGCUGAACACUUAGUUGUAAUUUUGUACUUUAUAACUUCAUUAAAAAUCAUUGAAAGUUUAAAGUUGUAGUUUUUUUAUAAAGUCUGCUCGCCGCACAAACUUGACUGGCGCAGCCGGCAGGAUCUCGCGUCGCGAUAAUCAAAGUAUAACGAUUAUAUCGGUCUUGAGCAAUCGCGGUUAGGCUAUCAAGUCUACAACGGCGGGAUCCACGAACCAAACAAAUAAGUCAAGCGGCACCAGCACCAGCAGCAGCACCAGCAGCAGCAGCAGCACCAGCAGCAGCAGCGGCACACCGAGAAGAUAUGGGGGUGAGCGGCAAGUGCCUCAUCCUGAUGAUGAUCCUGACAAUCCGCGCCCGGGCCCUUCAACUCGACAAAAUUGAAAAGAAUCCGGGAUUGCUACCAGUGAAGGAAGGUCAAGCAUUGAUUAGUGAAGAAAACUGGACGGUGAUAAAAACCUUAAAUCUGACCAACAUCCAAAGGGAUUUAGAUCAUAACGUAGACAAAUAUAGGGAAUUUAAAGCUCACAUAAGUAACACGGUUAAAAUAGGAAAUGCAUUUGAAUAUAACAACAUUAAAAUGCAAACUGAUAAUAUAAUGCUCAUUACUGUAGAAAAGUUUAAGCAAGUAGUACCUGUAAGUCGUAAAAAGCGCGGUCUAAUAAAUCCAUUGGGAUCUUUCAUUAAAGCUAUCACAGGUAAUCUCGAUAACGAUGACGCUGAGAGAUACGAUACCAUGAUUAAAGAAUUAAAAACUAAUCAAGACGCUAUUGCAAAUAAAGUAACGAUCUUAUCCGAAAUGGCGGGUAUUAUAGCCAAUAAUACCAAUGCAACUCGACACAAUUUCGCCCAAAUCAAUAAAGAGCUAUUAAUAAUUACAAGACAGAUAAAUCAAAGUAACGUAGAAAAAUUAGAAAACAAGAUCAUUCAAGUAUUUCAUUUAUUUAUUCAUAACUUUCAAACGAUCUUUAUACAUUUGGACGAUAUUGAAACCGCUAUAGCUUUUAGUAGACUUAAGGUGUUACAUCAAUCAAUAAUCGAUAAUAAGGAAUUGUUAAAUGUAUUAAAACAGAUCGAAAUAACUAAUAAGUUAGUAUUCCCAGCUAAAUUAGCGAAUUUAGUUAAAAUUGAACAGACCAUAGAGUUAAAAGCAUAUUUUAAAGAAAGACAGAUAACGUUUAUUAUGAGCAUUCCCUUGGUUACACCCGACAUAUAUAAUUACUAUAGAGUAAUUCCUUUACCCAUCCUUAAUAAAAAUAAUAUCACCACCAUCCUUGCACCUAAAUCCCCUUUUAUCCUGGUACAAGAGGCGAAAACUUGGUCGCUCCCCUCACCAUGCCAGGAGAUCGACGAAAACCUUCAUCUAUGCAGAAAUGUGGAUACUACUACACAAGAACAGGACUUAUGCACUUCAAGCUUAAUGAAAUCGGAAACUAACACUUCCAUGUGCAAACCCAUAGCCGUGGAAAUCAAUAACUUGUACAUCAGAUCUUUUUAUGAAAACUGGUGGAUUGUGUAUUCCAGAAAUCCGGUAACCCUGAAGGAAACCUGCAAGGGGGAAAUCACGAGAAAACAACUUCGUGGCACUUACCUGGUUGGAAUGGACGGAGUAUGCGAUCUCCAAAUACAAAAGGUAACUCUCAGACGACGCCACUCUGGAGCGAGAGGCUUCAAAUACCAUAAAACAGCAAAGAUAAACUUACCUGAAGUAGCACAAGGCCCUGUUAACGCAGAUGAAGUAAAACCUGUAAACCUGGACGACAUCAACUUGGACAACUUGCAGCUUUUGGCGUACGCGCUGAAAUCUCCCGAAAAACAAGUGUUAAGUGAUGCAGUGAUAAACAUAAAAAGUGUUAGUGUUGGCACGGUAAUUUUAUAUGUUAUAAUUGUGUUAGUUAUAAGUAUAGUUAUAUUUUAUAAGAUAAAGAAAAUGUACCCAAAUUUAUGUAAUCGAAACCCUCCGAUUCCAAUUAAGCAAUCGGAUGAUUUCGAACUUAAGGAGGGAGGAGUUAUGUCCUCCAACAUGCCAUCACGCAUUAUCCAAGUACCUAAAUAAGCAUUAAGAUAACGAAAUAAGCAUAUUAAGCAUUUAUCAUUGAUAUCAUAUUACAAUAACAACCUAAACUGCUGAUGCUGAGUCGGGAUAAUUGAAAUCAACAUCCUGCAGUUCCCGGUAGACGCCUCACGCCACCGGACCGAUAAUCAGCCCUAUAUAAGGAGCCCGUGAUGAUGGUAUUCAUACAUUAGAUUCUAGGCUUCCAACUUCGAAGCACAUUAGAUUUUAGGCUUCCCACUUCGAAGCACCUUAGGUUAGUUAGGCUAGUACCGUUCAAUCGCUGAACACUUAGUUGUAAUUUUGUACUUUAUAACUUCAUUAAAAAUCAUUGAAAGUUUAAA